GUUUAAGGUCGGGGAGUGUCUGAGCGGCUCGUUGGACUCAGAAACCAAUGCAGAAGAGCAUCUGCAGGAACAAUGAACCGGGAGGAUUGGAAGGAAAGGAUUUUGUAAAAUGGGCGUAAUUUGAACGGAUUGAGAAAGUCGCAGAGAUUGGAUCCCAGAGGAACAUUGAAUUGUUGCUUAUUUGAGGCGUGAAUGACCUCUAGCGGUACAGGGAAUUAGGAUUUUCUAAUACUUUGUUGCCUGCAAACUCAGCCCUCCCACAGACUCGGUAGCGGCGUUGCAUUGGAGAGAAUAUGAAUACAUCAUGUUGAAAAAUGAACAGGGUUAAUAUUAGGAUCAUUUUCUUGAGAUAUAUUAAGUUGCCUUUAUUGUCCUGUUAAUAAGCAUGCAUAGUUGUUUGCCAGCAGGCCUCCAGUGUGCUUGAAUAUUCUUUACAUUUCACUUUUUAAAUUCCUGCUUAGGUUUAACAACUAAAAAUAGAUUUACCAGCUUCACUGAUGCCAUAAUCUCCGGGAGGUCAUGAGAUGACCAUCUGCUGCUGGAACCUGCUGUAUACCUGCAAGCUGAUUAACCAGUGAAGUAACCCAAGGCAGGAAUUGUCUGUGUUUGGACUGUGUGACUGCCUGCUGAAGGAGGCAUGCUGAGAGCCACAGCGUGCUCCACAGAGGAGAGGGAUGAAGAGGAUGAUGGGGAAGAAGAGUUGAGGGAUGGAGGGGUACCAUUCUAUGUAAACAGAGGAGGCCUCCCAAUGGAUGAGGAGACUUGGGAGAGGAUGUGGCGUCAUGUGACCAGAAUCCACCCAGAUGGUGAAGCUAUGGCCAGGGAAAUAAGGGGUGCCACUGAACUGCCCAAGAUUUUAGUACCAAGUGUGCCUACAUACCAACCUACAACUACCAUCCCACAGCGCCUGGAAGCCAUACAGAAGUACAUCAGGGAAUUACAGUACAAUCACACAGGAACACAGUUUUUUGAGAUAAAGAAAAGCCGUCCUCUCACUGCGUUGAUGGACAUUGCUAAAGAGAUGACAAGAGAAGCUCUGCCGAUCAAAUGUUUAGAGGCGGUGAUCCUGGCCAUUCAUCUCACAAACAGCAUGCCCGGUGUGGAGCGAUUCCCGCUCAGCUUUAAAUCUCAGUUCUCAGGGAACCACUUCUACCACAUUGUGCUCGGGGUUCACAGCGGGGGCCGCUUCGGUGCACUGGGCAUGAGUCGAAGGGAGGACCUCAUGUUUAAGCCUCUGGAGUUUCGAACACUCAUGGACUUGGUUCAGGAAUUUGAAGGAGCCUACAGGGGCUACUGGCACAACCUGCGCAAAAUUAAAAUUGGCCAGUACGUGUCCCAUGACCCUCAUAGUGUGGAGCAGAUAGAGUGGAAACACUCCAUUCUGGACGUGGACAAGCUGAGCAAGGAAGAGUUACGGAAGGAGCUGGAGAGACACACUCGAGACAUGAGGCUCAAGAUUGGAAAGCCAGCACCUCCCUCUCCUACUAAAGACAGGAGAAACAGCAUGGGUUCUCCUCUCAAAGGACCAGGCAGCCCCAUCCGGAGGAUCAGUCGAGUUGAGAGACGCCCCUCUGGAGAGAAGAAGGUUUUGGAGCAAAAACCUACCAGUAUUAACGGAUACCAGAUUAGAGUCUGAAGAAGGAUUCUGUUGUUACCACACACCUGCAUGAUGGACCCACCUGGUGACUUCCUUUGAGUAAACAUUGACCUAUUCUGGAAUGGGUCACCAGCAACUGUUCUUCCUUGGAUAAACGCCUCAUUCAGCUCUCCUUAUGUUGUUACAGGUUUUUGUUUCCUGCAACCGUUGCAGUAAUUGGUGCUGACAAAGCUCCCUCUUUAUAAAGAGGGAGUAAAUGUGCAGAUCAUUUUUUUAUAUAAAUACAUAAGUGCAGUUUUGGUACCUUAACCCAGAAUAAUGUUUAAAAGUGUACAUGCAUUGAUUUACAUAUCACAUCUUUAUGCUGUUAGGCUUUUCUACAAUCUGCAUCACUGUACUGUAAGUUUAAGACAAAUUGUUUAGUAUAGUACCACCUAGACUCCACUAGACAACAGAUACAUGUGUAGUAACUUGUUUAUAUCUGCUACCCUUGUGCCUUGUUUUAUUUGGGAAAAAUUAUUGUAAUGAUCCCAAAAUCUGUUUUCUCUACAGAAAAACAAAGUUUGGUUCUGCAUUUCCAGUUAGCUACAAAUGGAAAAAAUAAAUAAAUAAAAUAAAGUAAAAUAAUAUAUACAUAUAUAUAUAUAUAUAUAUAUAUAUAUAUAUAUAUAUAUA